AUGUCCGACAAACAAACCCAAGACGCGCAAUCGGGCAUCACAGGCGUGGGCAAAUCCGUAACAUCGACGCUGGGCAACACGCUGGGCGGCGUGGCGGGCACGGCAGGGAGCACGAUCGGGGCUGCUGGACACGGGGUGGGCGAGACGGUGAGCAGUGCGACGGGGACUUCGGCGGGCGAGCCGGUCGGCGAGGCCGUGGCGAGCGUCGGGUCUGGGGUCGAACAGAGCGGCCGGGGCGUUGCGAAGGGCGUCAAGGAUGCUGGGGAUCUCAGCAAGAUGACGAAGAUGCCGGGCGAGGACGAGUGA